GCAUGUUAAGGAGCCAAACAGUUGGUUGAAAAGUUGAAUGUAAAGCCAAAAAAAACACCCUUCCUGCAACUACCGGUCUUCUUCCAUCUACAAACAGCGAAGGAGGAGAGAAAAACAGAUCGGUGGAGAGAAAUCCAGAGAGAGAGACAGAGAGAGAACCAGAGCGAGAUGGGUUUGGUAGCGGCAAUCACGUGCCUGGUUUUCAUCGCCUCACCGGCGGCAGCCUAUUCCGCAGGCGGCGACGAGCCGACGGCCUACGAGCUUCUUCAAGAACACAACUUCCCCGUCGGCGUCUUGCCCAAAGGCGUGACCGGCUACGAUUUGGACCCAUCCACAGGCAAGUUCUCCGCCUUCUUGAACGGCUCUUGCAGCUUCUCUCUGGAGGGUUCCUACCAACUGAGCUACAAAUCCACAAUCAGUGGCUACAUAUUCAAUGGAAAGCUCUCCCGCUUGACCGGCGUCAAGGUAAAGCUGUUUCUCUUCUGGGUUGAUAUCGUCGAGGUCAAUAGGAACGGCGGCGAUCUCGAAUUCUCCGUGGGGUUCGCGUCGGCCGGUUUUCCGGUGGAAAAUUUCGAGGAGUGUCCACAGUGUGGGUGUGGAUUGGAUUGUCCCGAGGAAUGUCGAGAGUGUGGAAUUGCAUCGGAAGCAAGCAAGCUUAGGUCAAACCCCAUGGCUGUUUCUUAUUCUUCUUGAUUUAAUUAAGAAAUCGAAUUCGCAGUAGUCUCAAUUAUUUGUCCCCACUUGUUAUGGAUAUUAAUGUAACUCUUCUUCGUUCCUC